AAUUAAAGCUUUAGAAGAAGAUGUCAAAUACAUUCGAAAUUGUUUUGGCCGUGCCAAUGGAAUGCCAAGCUUGUGUAGACUCAGUUUCUACAGUUUUAAAGAAGACUGAAGGUAUCAAGAAUUUCAAAGUAGAUUUGGGUGCCAAUCUUGUCACUACCGAAGGUUCAAUUCCUCCCAGUGAAAUAGUCAAAGCUAUCCAGUCUACUGGCAGAGAUGCAAUCAUCAGAGGAACCGGCAAGCCUAACUCUGCUGCUGUGUGUAUUUUAGAAUCGUUCGAUCCUAAGGAUUUCCAGCAGCCCGUUAAAGGUUUAGCCCGAAUUGUUAGCGUAUCACAAAAUGAUCUUUUCAUCGAUUUGACUGUUAAUGGCUUGCCCAAAGGUACCUACUACCCCUCUAUCAGAUCUUCGGGCAAUCUUUCACAAGGAGCUCUUUCCACAGGCUCGUUGUUCUACCAAUUGCAACCAGUGGAAGUAGAAUUACCUUCGACAUUGUCUACCACCAUUAAUGCUCUCGGUGCCACUGUUGUUGAACAAGAUGGACUUUUCUCGGGCCAGUCGUUCUUACAUGCCAAGUUGAGUAUAGAUGACUUGAUAGGCAGAAGUGUCAUCUUGUCCAAGUUGAAAGAUGAAGUGACGUCUGAUUCUCUCUGUGGAGUCAUUGCCAGGUCUGCUGGAGUCUGGGAAAACGACAAACAGGUUUGUACUUGUAGUGGUAAGACAGUGUGGCAGGAGAGAACUGAUGCCCUCAAUAAGGGUAUAAGUGUAUAAUCGCAGACUAUAGGUAUGAUUUAUGAACAUUGAUAUAUG